AUGUCUCCGUUGGAUUCAGAUGUGAUGCAAUCAUUGUUGGUGCUGUUUUCAUUUUUGUUUGUACGGUCCUCUUCUCUUUUAUGUAAUCAAUGCGGAGGUGAACGAUACAGUGGUGGUUUACGGUUACUGCGUGGUAUGUGUUGUAACGUGAGUACAGUUGAAUGUGCCGCUGGAUUGAUAUGUCUUCGUGCUAUGGUUGUAUCACCUCGAAGAAGUUUUAUAUUAUCAGGAUGCCAUAUUCCAGAGGACGGGUUGAUAGGUUGCGAUUUUCAUCAUCUUCCACAUAAUGCAACGAUCCAUCGGUGCGUCUGUCUAGAUCAGACGUGCCAGUCAUAUUUUCCGAUGGGCAACUGUUCCUUAUCGACGUCGUCGCCUGCGACGACUACCAUGGAAUCUCGUCCAAAUCAACUUCAUCGAAAGUCUCAUGCACUUAAUGCGGCCACCACAAUACAAACAGAAACCACUACCUCUAUUACGGCUCUGACUACCUCAUCUCCCCAACUCGCCCCUAAAGUUUCUUAUCAUGCCGAGCGCACCGUUCCAAUUAGUUACAGUAGUUCGCAGGCUUCAUGGCGAUUUUCUCUUGUCGUUAGCUCUAUUCUAGUAGUUUUAAAUGCUCUCAAUCGAUUAUCAAACUGA